CGACCUGCAAAACAUUAUUCUAUAGGUAGCCAGGCAGCUAGCUGUGGUCUGUACCCAGCAGUGCAUCUCCGCGACGCGGCGAUUCGAGCAUAACCUACGAAUUGGUUUACUGUUACUGGGCUCUGAAGGGGCGUGGCUAGUAGAAGUUGGGGAGGAGCCAAUCUUCAUGUGUACAGAUUGCAGAGGUGGAGACUCAUGGAUGAUGGUCAGUGUGAGAGGGAGGGGCCUCUGGUGUCAGGGGGUCUUCCGCGGGUCGACCUCCAGAACAAUCUGUCACAUGACCCAAAUGGACGGUCACCUGACCAGAGCCCGUCAGAAGAGGAGGAGAGCAGCAGGAGGAUGAGGGGGGGUGGAGGAGAGUUGUUUCAGCAAGACUCCCUCAACAACAACGAGGAUGAGGACAGGGAUCAUGUGAUGUUGGAGGAGGAAGAAGAGGGGGAGGAGUCAGAGAGUAGCAGUGUGACUCGUGGCCAGUCACCUGACACGCCGAUGACAGACUCCUCAUUCUCAGACACAGGCAGUUUGGUAGAGUUCCAAGCCUCUGUUUCUCCAGAAACUACACAUCCCAUCAGCCCCCUCACCACAACUCGAGAGGAGCUCCCCCAAAGUGACGCCUCACACCCAGGACUCCUCACCUCCUCUGCUGGAUCUGGAAUCCGCACCUUAGAAUUCACCUGCACUGCUGGACCCAUCACCUCCACCGUAGGACCCAUCACCUCUGCCGUGGGACCCAUAACUUCCAUUGUGGAGCCGAGCUGCACCACAGGACCCAUCACCUCCGCCGUGGAACCCAUAACCUCCAUUGUGGAACUGAGCUGCACCGUAGGACCCAUCAGCACCAUCACAGGACUCAUCACCUCCACUGUGGGGAGCAGCUGCGCCACAGGACCCAUCACCUCCACUGUGGGGACCAGCUGCACCACAGGACCCAUUCCUACUCCUGCCCUCCUGGCUUGUCUGCAGGAUCUUGGGGAACGUGGAGAUGACACACACCUGCCCCAGUACCUGCACCAGAUAGCUGAAGCCUUCGUCCUUCAGGAAGACUUUGAGAGGGCGGUGUGGUGUGUACAGCUGGAGAGACUGUACCAUCAGAGACUACUGGCCAACCUCUCUACUCUGCAGGAGCAGUGGGAGAGACAGGGCAGGAAGAUCUGCAACACAGACCUGGAGACCAGACAGCUGGAGAGACUAGCGCACAUCUGCAGCACACACCAGCGACCCAGCACAGAACCAGGAAAGCAUGCAUCUGCAGACUCUCUGUUGAAGACCCCAGUGUGUGAAGAGGAGACUGCGGAUUCCACCCUGACUUCAUGCAGCUCAGACUGGCUGGCUGAGAGUCUACAGGGGAUGGAGGAAGUGCAAAGGGACUCUCAGGACGCUCAACCAAUAAUAUCGGCUACAGCCUUGACAGACACCCUCUGCUCUAAUGACUAUUCGGCUGGGGGCGGGACAGAGACUUGCCAUCCCUUAGGGGCCACCGGUGGUUUUCAUGGAGACAAGUUGAUUGACAGGCCCCCUGCCGAGUGUCCUGAAGAACCCAGAUCAGAGAUGGAACAAACCACUGCGGAGGGGGUCAGACCGAAUCCCCCAGAGGACAAGGAAAUGAGCCGGUCUGACCCUGAGGGAGUGGGAGAGGAGGUGGAGGAGGCCGAGGAGGCAGAGGAGGCCUCGGAAUUUAACGAGGAGGAUCAGGAGGGGACUGAUUCGUCAGUGCCUCUAAAGACUCACCCAAUGGAAGGCAUGGUGGUGGAGCUGCACCCGGAGGCCCACGUCCACCAGGAGGCCCACCUCCACCAAGAGGCCCACCUCCACCAGGAGGCCUACCUGCACCAGGAGGCCCAACUCCGCGAGGGGGCCCAGUGUACGGAGCAGGAAGGGCGUCUGCGGGAGGGCCUGAUGGGGGUGGAGAGGAUGACGACCACUGUAGGAGCAGCUUCUCUAGAUGAUCUGGCCAAAUGCAUCACUGUCGAAGAGAGCGCACCUGCCCCAGGCCUGGUGUCCAUCCUGAAGAGGAGGAGUGCGUGUGUGGAGGAUGUGUCUGUGGCCUCCAGCUCUGCCCCUCCCACUCACAAACCACCUGCCAAGCGAAGGGUCCGCUUCAAGGUGCCUGAUGAUGGCUAUGACCAGGACAUGACGGGCGGGGACUCCUGCCUGCUGCUCUUCCUGCUGUGUCUGGUUACCGUGGUGAUCAGCGUGGGUGGCACCGCCCUCUACUGCGCGCUGGGCGACGCCCACUCCUCCGUCUGCAGGGACUUUUCCCGCAACGCCGACUUCUACCUGGAACAGAUGCAUCGUGGGUUGGAGCAGAUCCGACACUGGCUGACCCUGGGGUCAUAGAGGA